AUGGGAUUCACCAACAUGUCCUAUCUAUAUCCCAGAACAGUGACCCUGAUUGGCAUUCCUGGAUUAGAGCAUGUGCAGUUUUGGAUUGGGUUUCCCUUCUUUGGUGUGUGCUUGUUGGCUCUGAUGGGGAACAUCUUCUUGUUAAUCAUCAUCCCUACGGAGCGCAGCCUGCAUCAACCCAUGUACAUCUUCCUGGCAGUACUGGCAGCAACUGAUCUAGGCCUCUGCAUAGCCAUUGCUCCAAAGAUGCUGGCCAUCUUCUGGUUUGGCUCUUGCUCCAUGACUUUUGAUGCCUGCCUCACCCAGCUCUUCUUCAUCCAUGCCUUGCAGGGAAUGGAAUCUGGCAUCCUGUUGGCCAUGGCCUAUGAUCGCUAUGUUGCCAUCUGUGAUCCACUGAGGCACACAUCCAUCCUCACACCUUUUGUUCUGGUUAAGAUGGUGGUGGUAGUGGUAAUCCGGGCAACAGUGCUUGUUGGUGCUCUACCCAUUCUACUGAAACGACUGCAACGUUUCCACUCUAGGGUUAUCAUUCACUCUUACUGUGAACACAUGGCUGUGGUCAAGCUGGCUGCAGAAGAUAUCUGUGUUAGCAAAUCAUAUGGGCUUUUUGUGGCAUUUGCAAUUCUAGGCUUUGAUAUGAUAUUUGUCUUCAUUUCUUACAUUCAUAUUUUCCAAGCUGUUUUUCGUCUUUCCCAGAAGGAAUCACGACUCAAAGCAUUUAACACUUGUAUUGCACAUAUAGUUGUAUUUUUUGAGUUUUAUAUCCUUGCCUUCUUUUCCUUCUUUAGCCACCGUUUUGGUCAUGUAUCACCCUAUGUUCACAUUCUUCUGUCUACCAUCUAUCUACUUGUACCCCCUGCUCUUAACCCCAUUGUCUAUGGAGUUAAGACAAAAGAGAUCCGCAGGAGGGUAGUUCAGAUUUUUAUUCUGAAACCUGAUAUUCGGCACUGA